AUGAAGCACAACAUUUCAGAAGCCUUUAGGGGCACAAAAUCUGAAGAGAUUACUCAGGCCAAGUGUUUCCUUGGCGAAAUUGAGAAACGUUUUGCCAAAAAUGAUAAGGUUAAGAUGACAUCACUUCUGACUUCUUUGAUGCCUAUGAAGUAUAAGGGUCAAGGAAACAUGGAGCACAUUAUGGAGAUGUUCCAUGUUGCUUCAAGACUUAAGACACUUAAAAUCGAGCUUUCUAAGGAAUUGUUUGUUCUUAUAGUUUUGGUAUCGCUUCUUGCACAGUUUAACCAAUUUAAUAUUAGUUACAAUUGUCAAAAGGAGAAAUGGACUCUAAAUGAGCUCAUUUCUCAUUCUGUGCAAGAGGAAGAAAGGUUGAAGCAUGAUAAGUCUGAAAGCACUCAUUUGGCCAAAGCCUCUAAAGACAAGGGCAAGAAAAGAAAAUAUUAG